GAAAAGCUCGGCUCAGUGACGCCCUGGGCCUCCCACUGUUCCCCUCAGAGCUACCUCAGGUUCACUGACCAAAAGCAGCAGCUUAGCUAGUUUACAUGAACAGAGCCUUACAAUGUCUCAACAGCAAAUCAGCCUACCCGCUAAACUCAUCAAUGGUGGUGUUGCUGGCACGGUCGGGGUGACCUGUGUGUUUCCUAUUGACCUGGCCAAGACCCGGCUCCAGAACCAGAGGAGUGGACAGCAGGUCUACAGGAACAUGAUGGAUUGCCUCAUCAAGACGGUCAGAUCAGAGGGAUACUUUGGAAUGUACAGAGGUGCGGCAGUCAAUCUUACCUUGGUUACACCAGAGAAAGCAAUCAAACUGGCAGCUAACGACUUCUUCCGCCACAAACUUAGCCAGGAUGGGUCCAAGCUUACUGUGUUGAAGGAAAUGUUGGCUGGGUGUGGUGCAGGAAUGUGUCAAGUCAUCGUAACUACUCCAAUGGAGAUGCUGAAGAUCCAACUUCAGGAUGCAGGCAGACUUGCUGCGCAGCAGAGGAACUUGGCGGUACUCCCUGCCAUGAAGCUUGGGGCUGGUAACGCUAUGCUCAGCUGCUCCUACAGUGGGGGUCCAGCGCCGAUGCUCAGGGUCUCCGCCACACAGCUCACCCAGGAGCUGCUGCGCACGCGGGGGAUACCGGGGCUCUACACAGGCCUGGGAGCCACACUCAUGAGAGACAUACCCUUCUCUGUGGUUUACUUCCCCCUCUUCGCUCAUCUGAAUCGUCUCGGACAACCAUCGGAGAUGGAAAAGGCUCCGUUUUAUUGGUCCUUUAUAUCUGGCUGUGCGGCAGGUUGUACAGCCGCUGUGGCUGUAAACCCCUGUGAUGUCAUCAAGACCAGACUGCAAUCUUUGAAGAAGAGUACAUCUGAGGAGACCUAUAGUGGAGUAGUGGAUUGUGUAAGUAAGAUCAUGCAGAAGGAGGGACCUGGCGCCUUUCUGAAAGGCGCUAGCUGCAGAGCGCUAAUCAUCGCUCCACUCUUCGGCAUUGUGCAAGUCGUGUACUUCAUCGGCGUUGGGGAGUUCGUCCUGGGCCAAAGUUCUUUUAACCUCUACUCUUCCUAGACUACCUCAUGAAACAUUACAGUUUUCAAUGGGAUAACAACUGACUAAGGCAGCUAUAAGGCAAGUGUAUCGAGUAGCAUUUCAAAAACAACCAGCCUAUUCUUAGAGCUCUGUUAUGAACAUAACAAGGCUGGGAGAGAUGUGGGUAUUUCAAUUCAAUGGCUCCCACAACUCUCCAUUCACUCAUUAGUUCUCUGUAGGCUACUGGACCCAGACCAGAGGUCGAGUUCAUUUGGACUCUUCUGGGUUGACAGUAACAGUAACCAAGUGAUGUACAGUAUUUGGCAGCUCGGAGAUGCUAGUGCAUUAAGUCAGUGAACACUUGAUACAGUAAAUGUAUGAACUUGUUUAAUCUUUGUAAAAAAUGUUGUAAAUAAUAACAAUGGCUUCAAUGGGCUGUGGCCUCAGUGCCUGUCCAGUAUCUGUUGCUAGACGUGGUAACAGUACCAAAAUGUUCCCUCAGUGAGGGAUGGAAGAUUCCUGUAUAUCACCAACAUAGGCCAUUUUAUAUGUAGUCCUAUCACAGAUUAGAUGAAGUGACCCUUCUGCCACAUAUCAACAUAUCAACAAUAGCCUCCCAUCAAUUACUUUUUCAACCAGAUUGAGCAUUUUAACAAUAUGAAAUAAUUGAAUGUUGAUAGCCUAUUGUAUUUAUUAUGAAACUGUUUUUUCACCAUUGUGGCAAAUGCAGCAGAGUCUGUGUGCCAUUUGUUUGAAAUACUGCCGUGAGGUUUCAGCUGGUCCCUGUCCAUCUUAGCGGAAGUAGCCAACAGGCAAGUUCAAGUUAUAUCAUUCCAGGGACCGAGAUACUCAGAUGAAGCUGUGAUCCUCUUUAACGUGCUAGAAUCAAACCAAGGGAGUGAAGUGAGGUUGAGCAAGGUUGGUAUUCUAAGGGCAAGACCAAGUUUUUCUGGUUUCCCUGAAAGAUUUUAAGCAUUUCAAUGGCUACGUGGUGUAUUUUUGUAAUGAUGUUGUAUAUUUAAGAAUUGCAUUUUUUUUAUUUUGUAUUUAUAAAUUAGUUAUAAGAGUUCAAUCUUAUGAAUGGGAAUGGGAAGUUGUGUAAAUUCUGGAAGGUAUGAUUAUAAAUAGAAUGUUGAAGUGUACACUGCACACAACUGUACUUGUAUGCUUAUGUAAAGAUGGAAUGCAGCCUUGGUUGCAUAACUGUACCCAAUGUCUCAUUAAGUAAAUGGUCUCCCCCUUCCCCAUUAGGAUUUGGAUGAAUUUAACAACAUGAACAACAUGAUCAUAACAUGAAUUUGCGAAUUUCAUGUGGAGAAAAUAAAAAGUUCUCUCUGUUUCUUUCUUUGUUAUAGCCUGGAAAU